CGCUGUUUGUAUAUUUCCUCUUCUCUGCGUAGAUGUGUCUAUAAUCAUAUAUAUAUAUAUAUACGCAUAUAUAUAUACAUAUAUAUAUAUAGAUAUAUUGAGCACAUAGUGUUACUGAUAUACACUUGAAUAUCUUAAGUACAGUUGUUCAUCAUAUAUUCUGUUAAAAGUCAUUUUCAACCACUAUGGACAUCAGACCAAACCACACAAUUUAUAUUAACAAUUUGAAUGAAAGCAUUAAGAAAGAUGAACUAAAGAAAUCUUUAUAUGCAAUUUUCUCACAAUUCGGCCAAAUUCUUGACAUUGUUGCCUUAAAAACUUUGAAAUGUCGAGGGCAAGCUUUUGUAAUUUUUAAAGACAUCAACAGUGCCACAAAUGCUCUCCGGUCAAUGCAAGGUUUCCCGUUCUAUGACAAACCAAUGAGAAUACAAUAUUCCAAGAAAGAUUCUGAUAUCAUUGCUAAGAUGAAAGGUACCUAUAUGGAAAGACCAAAGAAGAAAAAAGAUGAUGAGCCAGAAAAUAAGAAACGCAAGAAGGGAGCUUCCCAACAGGCUGUUGCCGCUGCUGCUAAGGCCCAGGCAGCUGGUGUAGUACCACCUCCCAUCCAACCUAUUUCAGCAAUGGCUGGUCAACCGGUUCCUCAACAACCUGUACUACAACAAUUACAGCAGCCAGUUGUUCAAAAUUCUACAAAUCUGGCAGCACCAAAUACCAUUCCAGAACAGCCUCCUAACCAAAUUCUGUUCUUAACCAACCUUCCCGAGGAAACCACCGAAAUGAUGUUGUCGAUGUUGUUCAAUCAAUUUCCUGGUUUCAAAGAGGUUCGUUUGGUGCCUGGUCGACAUGAUAUUGCGUUUGUUGAAUUUGAAAAUGAAAUGCAAGCUGGUGCUGCAAAGGAUGCACUUCAAGGCUUCAAGAUUACACCAAACAAUGCAAUGAAAAUCACAUUUGCUAAGAAGUAAGACAAGGAAGGAGACAAGUAAAAAUAUGAUGAAAGAGAUUUGGUGCAUUUCAGUAAAACUUACAAAAUAAACCAUCAAAUUCGGCACAACUUUGCUACCAGAUGGAAUGGUAAGCAGCAUUAAUGCCAUCGUCAUUGCACCAUCCGACGGUGGAUUCUCAUUUUACAUUCUUCAUUUUGGUGGGUGGUGGGGGUGAAGCUAAUUCACAAUAUUCUUACCAAAACUCAUUGACAGAUUUCUUCCUUUCAGUUUCAUAGUUUUUGUUUGUUCGUUUUUUCCAACUGAGAUAUUUGUUUAUUUUUCUUUUAUAUUGAAAUAUAAAUAAGAGAAUGACAAUAAAAUGACAAAUUCUCUCUUAAAAACA